GCCGGGCGCCGUGCCAUGCGUCGCGUGGGAUGCGGUGUCGAACGCAUGGCUGGCUGGCGGCCGAGCUGGGCCUGCGGCGGGCUUGCCGCGCGUCGACGACGGGAACGCCAUCGGGGGCUCGCUGGAAGCCGCCGCUACGCUGCGCAAGGCGCCCACCGAGGAUCUGCGCGCCAUGGGGUUCGCGGCCUGCGACGGCGUCGACGCGACGGCGGAGCUCGAGCUGGCAGGGCGGUGGAUUAAGGGAUCCAGAUGGCCCUUCGCGCCGCGGUCGCAGCGCGCGCGGCGGCCGCGGCGCGGCCCGCGCGAGCUCGAGUUCACCGGGGGCGCGACCCCCGCGUGCAUCAGGCAGGUCGUCGGGCACAUCGUGGACCACUUCUCGACGCGGCGGGAGCUCCCCUCGUCGCUGCAGCACCUGCGCCCUGCCAUCGGCGACGGGCGCGGGGAGCGGAGAGACUUCGACGGCAGCGAGCUCGCCGAGGUCGGGGUCAUCCGAGGGCCUCUGCCCCUCGCGGUCUCGGACCUCGGUCGCCCCAUUGGAGGUCGCUUCUAUGAUGGCGACUCGAGUUCGCGCGCAUGCGCAGCCAGCGCCACCGCGGUCACCCCGCGGCAGGUGGAGCAGGAGCUCCAGCGGCCCCGCGCCUCGCAGGGCGCCGUCAUUCCGAGCGAGGCGCAGCGGGCCGACAUCGCAGAGGGCGCAGGGUUGGUGCUUGCUCGCG